AUGGUAUUCACAUAUCGCUAUAUGAUUUUAUAUGUUAUUGCUACAGUGAUUAUUGCUGUUAACAGUCAAAGUUCAUGUGUAGAUUUUUCUGCUGAUCCAGCGAAUUGUACAAAAUUUAUUCGAUGUUUUCAUAAUUUACGUAUUAGAUUUACUUGUCCACCAGGUACAGCAUGGGAAGAUUCAUUAAAAACAUGUGUUUGGAAAGAAUAUGUUGAAGCAUGUAAUGGACAACCACGAGCAAAACAAAUUAAUCUCGAUAAAGGGAUAAAAAUAUAUGAAGCUGAUCGAAAUGCUCUUAAUAAUAUUACAAUUGGUCGUACAUUAACUGAAGCACGUGCACUUGGAAAAAUAGUAACACCUAGACAAUAUCAAUGUACAAUGUGUGCUACUGGUGCUUGUGCAGUUGUUGUUACUACUGUUCAAUGUGUUUGUGGUACCGCCCAAUGUUUACCAACAUCAGCAGCUAUUCAAACACGAAAUCCAUGUGCAAUAAAUCCAUGUCUCAAUGGUGGUCAAUGUUUAAUGAAUGGACAAGGAUUUAUUUGUAAUUGUCCAGCUACAUUUGCUGGUAAUCGUUGUGAAGCUCCAGCUGCUACACCAUGUCAACCAAAUCCAUGUUUGAAUGGUGGAUUAUGUUCGUCACAAGGUAUAUCAUUUAUAUGUCAAUGCCUUCCAACAUUUACCGGUCGAUGUUGUGAAAGUCGAGUAGUAACAACAACACCAUUCAAUCCUUGUGCACAAUCACCAUGUCAAAAUGGAGCACAAUGUAUCCCAGCAGGAACAUGUAUUCGAUUCUUUCUUUUUACAUCACCUGAUGUAUUAUUCAAUUUGGAUAAUAUUAUCGUUAUAUCAUGGCUUACAUUAAUAUUUGUCCCAUUUAGAAAAUUAUCAAAAUAUUUUAUUCUCUCACCACCUUUAUUCUUAGCAACACUAUAUACUAUUAUAUUAUUUCGAACAUUAUUUUUUCGAGAACCUGAUAGUCCACCAUUAGAUUUUUUUCAUUUAUCAGGAUGGUUUGCUUUAUUAAAAGAUCCAUAUAUGAUUAUUGGUUCAACAAGUCAUUUUUGUAUCAUGGAUUUAUGGGUUGGUUAUUGGAUGGUAUAUGAUUUUUAUAGUGGAUAUACUUUUGCAUAUAGCAUUACUAUGAAUUCAAAUGGAGUCUAUCAAGUUACAAAAUCAUGGACAUUUGGAAGAAUUAUUUUUACUAUCAUACUUUUAUUAACUUAUAUGGUUGGACCAUUUGGUUUUCUAAUGUAUCAUUUGGCAAAAUUUACUUUUUUAAAAAAAUAUGAAACUCAUGUUCGUAUCAAUAUUAAAGAUGAUCUGGAUAUUAUCGAUAAAACGAACAACAAUCAAUUUCAAACGGAUUUAAUAACUCGUCGUUAUGUUCGAUUUGGUGAUCAAUUUCCUGAACCAUUACGUAAAAUUUAUCAUUUAAUUGUUGGUACAAUUGGAUCGAUCGUUUUAUUUACUAUUGCUUUACCAGCCUAUAUUAUGUUAAGAAUUUAUUGUCGAAUUACUUAUCAUUCAAAACUGAAUAAAACAAGUACAAAUCCAAAUAAAUUUAUUCCUGAAUAUGUACGAAAUGCUGUAGCAAGUAUGAAAUUAACAUCAUUGACAACUCCUUAUGAAAAACGAAAUUGGAUUUGGCAUUUAAAAUUUAUGCUCUUACAAAUAUCAACAUUUAUUGAAUAUAUUGCUAAUGCAGAUACACCACAUGUUUUAUUUACCGCAUUACAAAAUUAUUUUACUGAAAUUUAUCAUGUAUCUUGUUAUACAUUUGGUGAUGGUAUCGGUGUUGGUUCACAUGCAUUAGUUAAACGAUAUUUACAAGAUAUUCCACCAAACAAAGGUUUUGAAUCUUUAGGGUGGAACAUUUCAUCAUCACAAAAAACAUUUUGUGAUUUUACAACUAUUUUCCUUUCAUCGGAUAAUCCAGACAUGAAAUUAAGUCGUCAAAUUGUAUUUCAAUGGUUACAUGCAUUUCCUUAUAAUUUACGUACAAAUAAUAAUGAAGCACAGACUUAUUUAUCUCGAAUCGUUCCACGACGAAUAGAUAGACAACCAAACACGAAAGAAAUCACUCAAGCAGUAGGUGAAGUUAUGUUUUUCUUAGCGACUGGUGGUGAAUUAAAAAAACAUGAACGAGAGGCAUUUCAUGAAUGUGCUACAGCUCCAUUUAUAUUCUUUCCAGAUUGGUUUAAUUUCUUAUUAGCUGGACAUUAUUUGGAACGUAAAACAUUAAAUGGUUAUUAUACUAUUCUUCAAGCAUUUUCACGAUACGUUGAUGGACCAGCUUUACGUGCUGCUUUCAAAGCAGCAGAUAAUAAGAAACCCAAUAGUGAAGUUUUAAGAUUAAUAGCUAUUGUCUUUUCAAUUGCUGGUAGUGCUGCUCCUUCUAAAUUAGCUGGUACUGUUAUUGAAAAAUUAUGGUGUGAAAAAGAUAAAGAAAAAAAUGUUCGUUUAUUUAAAAAAAAUCCACAUAAUUUUAUAAAAGAAUGUGCUCGAUUAGAUAAAAUCGUUCCAAAUGUUAAUGUCUUCGCUACCCAAGAAAUUAUUAAUGAUAUUGAAAAAGAUUUUCAAAAUAAUAAUCAAAAUAUUAAAAUUCCUGAAAAUACACCUAUUCAUUGUUCACUUGUUCUUGCAAAUCGUGAUAAAAAUGUUUUUCAAAAUCCUGAUGAAUUUUUACCAGAACGUAGUGAUCUAAAUAAAAUUAUUGUAUGGAAUGGUGUUGAAGAAGAUAUUUUAAAUGCGGAUAUAACAAAACGACCAGUACGUUAUUGUCCGGGACAUGAUUUUUCAAUUGAUGUUAUUCAAUUUGUUGCUGAACAAUUUUUACCAAUUGUAUCUGAUGAUGGUAAUGUUCAGGAGCCAGAUUUUUCAUUGGAUGAAAUCGACGGACAAAAUCAUGUCUCAGAAGAAAAUCUAAAUAUGAAAGCAUUAGAUGAAAAUGACAAAAAAUUAAUUUCUAUGAAUUUAAAUAUUAAUGGAUUAAACGGAAUAGAUCUAUCUUGCUAUGCUGUAUUAGAUAAUUACACAAAAAUAGUUAUAUAUUUAAUGCAAAAAGCUGUUAAAGAAUCGAAUUUAGCUCCAUCACGUGCUAUUGAUAUUGAUGAUCCAUUACAUUUACCAGCACAUGAUUUAGGUAUAUUACGUACGGAUAUGGCAAAAUUUUUACCUACUUGGGAUGAAGAUGAUCCAAAAGGAUCAGGUUUAGACCGACGAAUAGCUCGAUGGUUAGUUAAUCAAAAUAUAUGGGAUUUUUAUGAUAGUCCUGUUGAAUUUAAUUCAUUAGAACAGGCUAUUAAAUGGCGUGUACAAAUGUUUUCUGAUUUACCAGUACCUAAUGUUAUCUAUGAAGAUAUGUUUUCUGAUAAAGCUUUAACUCAAUUAGCAUUUGCUGGUUGUGCAUGUCAUUAUACACAACGUAUGGGAAAAGAAUGGACUCCUGGUUCUGGUAUACCUGAACAAAGAUUUAUGAAAAAUGCAGUUUAUGUUAAUGAUAUGACUGGUUUAUCGGCAUUCAAUGUAAGAAAACCAUUUGAACGUUAUGGUGCUGCUGCAUAUUUUGAUGAAGAUUUUCAAAUAAUUGCUAUUUAUUGGUCACAUGCAAAUCAAUUAAUUAAAAAAGGUGAACAAUUCUGGAAUCAUGCAAAAUAUGUAUGGCGUUCAUCAUUUUUUGCAUAUAUAACAAUACGUGAUCAUUUAAUAGUUACACAUAUGAUUGAAGGUAAUGCAUUUGUUAGUGCAUCACGUCAACAUUUACCAACAGAUCAUUCAUUAAGACGUUUUAUAAAACCAUUUACAUAUCAUACAAUAUCAGUUAAUUAUCAAGCUGCAGUAACAUUAGUAAAUAACCGUGGAUUAGUUCAUCGAAUAUGGGCAUUUGAUUAUGAUGAAUUUUUAAAAGUAUGUGAUUAUAUAUCAAUGAAUUAUAAAUUUGUUCUAUUACCAGAUUUUAUUUCUGAUACAAUGAGUCCAGAAAAUAAUAAGAAAAGUGCAGAUGAAUGGGAUAAAAUCUAUCCUAUUUAUCAUGAUAUUAAUACAUUUUGGAUGAUUAUACGAAAAUAUGUUACAAAUUUCUUUGAAAUAAACUAUAAGGUUAAUAUUAAAAAUGAUGAUUUACCAACGGAUUUACAUAUGAAAGAUUUUAUCGAUGAAAUAUGUAAACAACUUGGUAUUGAAGGUAUUACUUCAUUACAACGAUUUAUUGAUGUUCUUUCAAAAUUAAUUGCAUCGAGUACAGGUGUACAUGAACAUGUUGGUCAAAUAAGUGAUUAUAUGCUUGAUCCAAGAUUUAUUGGAGCAAAAUUACAAGAAGGAAAAGAAAUACAAAAUAUUCAAACAUAUACACAAAUACUUGUUUUAUCUGUUGUGACUGGUUUACGUAUGCCUGGUUUAUUAGAAGAUUGGAGCCAUUUAAUUGAACGUAAUCAAUAUUAUUCAAAAAAUCUUGAAAACUAUGAAACUUUUAAACAAGAUUUAAAAGACUUAUCGAAAGAUAUUGAUGAUCGAAAUAAAAUACGAAACUAUCCAUUUCAAUCAUUUAAUCCAAAAUAUAUGGAAUGUUCAACAUCCGUUUAA